UUUUCCGUUAAACAGCGUGCGCGUCCCCGUCAGGCCCUACCAGUACUCAGUAGUGUAUUCCUACUUUCCGAGAGAACGAAGAGAAGAGAAGAGAAGAGAAGAGAGGAGAGAAAACAAUGGGGGAAGAUGCGGUGAAAGUUGAAGAAACGCCAAAAAGCCACCAUGCUGGAGCUCCUGCUCCAAUGACACAAGCCCAAUUCCUUUCGUGGAGACGCCAGCAGGACGCUAAUGCAUCAGCUAGGAGAGCUGAAGCUGCUAGGAAGCGUGAAGAAGAUAUAAGAGACGGGGUGGUUCAAAUGAAUGGCCGGGAGCUUUUCAUGAAUGAACCUUGGGUGUUUGACAACAAUCUUUACUGAAUGUUUCUGCUAUUAUUUUUCAUUAUUCGUUGUGGUAGAAUUGGAUUGUAUAAGAAGUAAAUAACUACUUCGUUUGCAACUACUGCUAGAGAAUGAAUAUAAUACCAAGGUGCAAGAUGUAUGGAACACAAACUUUUACUCCAACAUAAACAAUUGUGAAUACACUACACCAAGGAAGGGUUCUAGACAAUAUAUUUUUCAAUUUAUAACUUUA